GGUCAUCUUUUUACCAGCCACUUCUUUAUUUUUCUACCACGGGUGCCAUGGGCGGCUUGCCACUUCCAGAGCUUUGGCGCUUGCGGACGCCGUUUGGCCUGGUGAACGGCGUGGCCCUUCUGUCGGAGUCUUCGGGUGGCCGCCGCGAGGUGCGCAGCGUGGCGGAGAUCUUGGCCCCCGGCGUGGAGUCCAUCAGCGGCUUGGCGGAGAUCCUCUUCCCCACGGGCCUGCCGUGCCCGUGCCCGUCGAGCUCGGGGAGCUCGGGGAGCUCGGGGAGCUCGGGGAGCUCGGGGCUGAUCAGCUUCUCCACCGUGAUGACCGACAGCUUCUCGCAUCGGACCUACCUGGCCGUGUGCUGUGGGUGCUGUGGGCGCCUGGCCACCUGCGCCUGGUCCCACCUGCCGGAGGUGGCCGCGCCCAGGUUCCUCGAGCUCAUGAAGGCCAUGCACGAGCUCCACCCGCAGAGCCUGGCCCGCAUGUGGGCCUGGCUGGUCCAUGACGUGCCUGCCCCACCCCCGGGCUCCGCCCUGGUGCUGCACUUUGGCCGUAGGAUCUGCGCUGUGUCCCGGCCGCCCCCGGGGCUUCCCGCGGUGCAUGUCCCCCUGACAGGCCUCUUUCGGCGCCUGAGCCUAUCUGCCGUACUGCUGGCGACGCGGCUACUGCUUCUGGAGCAGAAGGUCCUCUUCGUCAGCUCAUCCGUGUCAUUCCUCACUGCUGCCUGUGAGGCCUUCCCCAUCCUACUGUCGCCACUUGCUUGGGUCCACUGCUACAACCCGCUGUUGCCCUCCAUGGACUAUUUGCACACCCCUCCUCCCUUCCUCUUCGGAUGCUUGCGGGAUGUCUUCUUGAAGGAGACCUUUGCGGAUUCCAAGGAUCUUGCAUCCAGCGAGGUGCUCUUCAAUUCGAGGGACUACACAAUUUUCGACCUGGACACGGGAGAUGUCUAUGCCACAGACAUGGAGUUUCCUGAGCUCCCAGAUGCAGCCCAAAGCCGGCUGCGCUUUGGCCUUACCCAGUUAAGAUCAGAGCUGGAAGCCACGAGCGACCUCUGGCCGUGUGACACAUGCACACUGGAGGAGGAGGUGCAGAAGACGUUUCUUACUUUUAUGUCUGACCUGCUGGGGGGCGUUGCAGGUGCUUUGGGCCCGCUGUGCGAAAGCGCGACUGCAAGUUCGGUGCAAAGCUCCUUUCAGGGGGAACGCUUUCUGUCUGGAGUCUCAGCCAAAGACAAGCCCUUUUUCCAGGCGCUGCUGGACACCAACGCAUUUUUGGCCUAUUUGCAGACGCUGCACCUCUUCGGGCCCUCGGAGUCGCCAUUCACGGAGGCCCUGCGCAGCCUGGGCUCCCGCAAGCUCCGGCCCUUCCCCCGGCUGCCGCCACCCCCAAAGCAUAACGCCAGCGCCAUCAGCGCCAUCAGCGCCGCCAGCGCCGGUGUCAGCGCCAGCGGUGCCUGCGGCGCCAGCGGCGCCAGCGGCGGCAAGGGGGCCUGCUGCGCCAUCGUGGCCAGCGAGCGGCUUGAGCUCCACAUGGGCUUCGACGGUGACUUGUCGGAGACGGAGGUCUCGGAUUGUCCGAAUCGGCCGAAGCCCGCCUCACCGGCGCGAGAGCCUGAGCCUGGUGACAGCAUGGAAGCCAUCGUGACAGCCUUCCAGCAAGUCUCCCAGACGCGUUCGAUCAUGCCAAGUGUAUGGCAGAAGCUUUGUGAAGAUUUGCACAGCCGGCAAGGUGUCGGUACCAUUCAGGAAGGCUGGUCACUGGCGCUUCUUUAUGCGGUACUAUCUCGAAAGAUGGGUGCUUCGGAGGACUUCUUGUUGCGGACGUAUUUGACCAUUGAUGAGCCCGCAGCACUUCCGACACACCGCAUCUUGGCUCUCAUGAGUGGAAUAGAGCCUCCCGUGCUGUCGGAUGUGCUGCAUCCCGCAGAAGUAACAGCUUCUGUGCGAUUUGCAAGGCGCCUGCUGGCUGUUGCAAACCCAGAUUUGGACUCAGUGAUAGGAGAUCCAGCAACAGGUCUGGCUUUCAUUUGCCCAGACCCUGGUGAUAUUUGUCACGACCCGGAAGCAGACGAAAUACCUCGAGUGGAGCUGCUUCCGUUUCAAGGUCCCAAGGAGACACCGGUGCUUAAUCACCGGCGGUUCUGCAACUGGACGGACCGCAGUCCAGAAACUCUUUCUGCCGAGCUUGUGCGGGAUGCGCAUAGGGCCUGCGUGGCCUUCCACCAAAACUCCAGCAAGGCCAACAAGCUCCUUGAACGAUUAAGCGAGCCCCUCGCUGAACUGCAAUGCUGCAGUCUGCAGGGAAAGAACCACGAGGCUCGCCUCAGCUUUUGGUUGAACUGCCUGAACGCGGCCACGCUCAUCGCCGCCACAUCACCUUCCGUUGGCUUGGUGACCCCUUGCGAUGUUGCCGGGUGGGUGGAGUUGCUGCGCACGGCUCAGCUGGAGGUGCAGGGGGAGCUGCUGUCCUUGGCGGAGAUCGAGCACCUGGUGUUGAAGGGCGAGACUGGCAGCCCCAGUGGCUGCCCCUGGGCGGACCGGGCGGACCGGGCGGACCGGGCGGACCGGGCUGAGGAGCGCCGCGGGCCCGGGCUGCGGUGUCUGCGCCCGGCGCCCCGCGCGGUCUUCGGCGUGUCGCGGCCGACGCGGGGCGUGGGCGCCGCCGGGCACCCGCCGCUGCGGGUCUUCCACCCAGACACCGUGCUCGCGGAUCUGGACCUGAACGCGGCGGAGUGGCUCGCGGAUCUGCCCGUGGACACCUGGCGCCGGAAGGUGAUGCUCCCCGAGAUCCUGCGCUGGCACCUCGCAGACCUGGGUGGAGAGGCGGCCCUGCUGGAGCUGGUGUGGUCCAUCUUGCGCGCGCAGGAGAAGGGCUCCCAGCUGGACUCUCUGCGGCAGCGUGGCUUCGCCAACGUCCGUGUGGAGUUCCAGGAGCUAGACUGGGCCUUCGCACCGCCUAGCUUUGAAAAAGUCGGACGCUGCAUUUACUUGGACUCACUUUGCAUCUUGCCAUGGCUCUCAUUUCCUUUCAUUCUGAGCCAGGCGUAUCUGUCAAAGUGA